AUGACACUGUUUUUCUUUGGCUCGUCCUCUUUCCAGUACAAGCCUGAAUCAUGUACGCUACAAGCUCACAAAGGCGACAAGAUUAAAGUGCAUUAUCGUGGGACACUCACUGAUGGAUCAUUAUUUGAUUCUAGCUACGACAGAGGUGAUCCCUUCGAAUUUACUCUUGGGAACGGCCAGGUGAUAAAAGGUUGGGACCAAGGUUUACUAGGUAUGUGUAUCGACGAAAAGCGGAACCUAAGCAUAACCGCAAAUAUGGGUUACGGAGAGCGAGGAUCGCCACCAAAGAUUCCAGGUGGAGCAACUCUGGUUUUUGACACGGAGCUCAUUGCUGUCAAUGGGAAGACAUCUACUGGUGCUACUACUGCGGAGAGCGACGACAACGAGCUCUAA